AUGCGCUUCUCCCUGCUUCAGAUCGGCGCCGCCCUCGGGUUGGCUGCCUCAGUCAGUGCAUCUUCUUCGCCUGGCCGCAAUGUCUUCGAACGCGCCGAGCAACUGAGAGCAAAGGCUCCCAUCAUUGAGAAGAGAGAGAUUGGCAAGCCCUUCGAGCACCCCAGACUACAGAAGAGAGCUUCGCCCUACCUCAACAAUGUCACUGAGAAGUUCUGGGUCAACGGAUCGGCCAUUCCUGAUGUCAAGUUCGACGUCGGUGAGUCGUACGCUGGUCUCUUGCCCAUCAGCGGUGCCGCCAACGAGACUCGUGAGCUGUUCUUCUGGUUCUUCCCUUCGACCAAUCCCAACGCCACAGAAGAGAUUGCCAUUUGGUUCAACGGUGGUCCUGGUUGCAGUUCGCUCAGUGGUCUCCUGACUGAGAACGGUCCCUUCACCUGGGAAGCCGGAACUCUUGAGCCUGUGCAAAACCCCUACACAUGGGUCAACCUCACCAACAUGCUUUGGGUUGAACAACCCGUUGGUGUCGGUUUCUCCCAGGGUGUGCCCAACAUUACCAACGAAGUUGAGCUCGGUCUAGAGUUCGCUGGCUUCUACAAGCAGUUUGUCGAUGCCUUCAACCUUCACAACUGGAAGGUCUACUUGACUGGCGAAUCCUACGCCGGUUUCUAUGUACCUUACAUUGCCGAUGCUUUCAUCAACGCCGCCGACACUGUUUACUACAACCUCAAGGGUAUUGCCAUCAACGACCCCAUCAUUGGCGACGAGACAGCCCAGCAGCAGGCUGUCAUCGUCCCUUUCGUCGACUACUGGGAGAACCUCAUCUACCUCAACGAGACUUUCCUCCAACAGAUCCACGACCGUGCUGAUCAGUGUAACUACACCUCGUACUUGGAGAAGUACCUGACCUUCCCUCCCCCCCAGGAGAAGUUCCCCAUUCUUCCCGACCCCUACUCUUCCGACACUUACGCCUGCGAUAUGUUCGACACCGUCUACGAGGCCAUCCUGCUGGUCAACCCCUGCUUCAACAUCUACCACAUCACCGAGACCUGCCCCCACCCUUGGUCCGUCCUCGGAGGUGUCAACACUGGCGACUACAUUCCUUCUGGUGAGGUCGUCUACUUCAACCGCACCGACGUUCAGAAGGCCAUCAACGCUCCCGUCGGCACCAACUGGCAGCAGUGCACCAGUAUCAAUGUCUUCGGUGGUGCAAACAACAACCAGUCGUUGAGCGACACCAGCAAGGGUCCCGCUCUCGAUGGUACUCUUCAGCGCGUCAUUGAGUACACCAACAACACCAUCAUUGGUUCCGGUAACCUUGAUAUGCUCCUGUCCACCAACGGUACCCUUCUUGCCAUCCAGGGUAUGUCAUGGAACGGAAAGCAGGGUCUUCAGGAAUACCCUGGCAAGGAGUUUGACGUCCCUUACCACCCCGAGUACAACGGUGGUGCUCUUUCCGGAGCUGGCAAGGUCGGAUACUACGGAUCUGAGAGAGGUCUUACCUUCUACUCUGUCCAGCUUGCUGGCCACGAACUUCCCGGCUACGCUCCUGGAGCUGCCUACCGGUCCAUCGAGCUCCUUCUCGGACGUAUUGACUCACUCGCGUAUCAGGGAGAUUUCUCCACUCAGACUGGCAACUUUACUGGCAACGGUACUAUCUACGGCCAGCAGAAGAUCUUCUAG